AAUCAGGCGUAGCAUUUGUGAGGAAUAGAAAAGGUUCGAGCGGCUUUGAACUCAACACAUCGUCCAGGGUCUGCCAGUGAUGCACUUCAAAGUCCCGCAGACGGACGCCUAUUUAACGCUUGUGUUAUUUUCACUUUUUUUAAUUUUAAAUUUUUUUAGUGCCGAGAUUGAGCGUUUCCUUACAGUUUACUCAACAUAUAACUCGGCGAAUUAUUUUAGGAUCUACUUUUCAUCACAAUUUGCUUUUAAAAGCCGAGCUUUUUAUCUGCUGCUGGUGUAGUCUGGACGUUUGAAGGCAUGGACGCACACGCCGCCCCGCAGACAGAGCGCUCGUCCCCAGCGAGAAGCUAGCCAGGCCUCGCUAAGAUCGUCUUUACGACCUCCGAGUGCUCCCUGCCCCUCGUGGAUCCUCCAUCAGCUCAAGCUCCUCUCAAGUUUGGAACCAACAUGGGGGAGAGACGGGGGCGCUCCUUCCACAUGACGUGCCACCUACAACGGGAUUACGGCAGCAGGCUGGGAGGGCCCUUCGCCCGAAAAGGCCCCAACGGGUGUGCCGGAACCAGCCUCACCCUCAGCCUGAACCCGGAGACGGACGCUGACACUUCUCCGUCUGUGGCCGCUGACAGCGAGGCCCCCGCGGUCAACAGGGACCACUACUCUCCUGUUUCACUGGAACUGGACCCCGCGGCGGUGAAUAAUGGAUCAGGCCUCCCCCACUGUCCGAUGGAGAAGGACCCGGCCUUGCAGAUCGCACACGGCCAGCUCCCCGUCACUUCGGCGCCGCUCCCGCCUCUGCCGCGUUCCAGCUGGCUGCAUCGCCACCAAAAGCAGUUCCAGCGGCCGUACGUCAAGACGAGCAUGCAGGGCGAUGUUUAUAACUUCCUCGAGAGACCUGCUGGACUCAAAUGUUUCCUCUACCACUUCCUUGUCUUUCUCAUGGUCCUGGUGUGUCUCAUCUUCAGUGUUCUGUCCACAAUCGAGCAGUAUGCAGACUUUGCCACCGGGUCGCUAUUCUGGAUGGAAAUCGUGCUGGUGCUGUUCUUCGGCAGCGAGUACGUGGUGCGGCUGUGGUCCGCCGGCUGUCGCAGCAAAUAUGCCGGCGUCAGAGGACGCCUCCGCUUCAUCAGGAAGCCCAUUUCAAUCAUAGACAUGAUUGUGGUCAUCGCCUCCAUCAUUGUGCUCGCUGUGGGCUCCAACGGCCAGGUUUUCGCCACAUCGGCUAUCAGGGGCAUCCGCUUCCUGCAAAUCCUGCGCAUGCUACAUGUGGACAGACAGGGUGGAACGUGGAGACUCCUGGGGUCUGUGGUCUUCAUCCAUCGGCAGGAGCUGAUCACCACCUUGUAUAUCGGCUUCCUGGGCCUGAUCUUCUCAUCCUACUUUGUCUACCUGGCGGAGAAGGAUGCCGUGGACGAGGAGGGCAAGACGGGCUUCUCCAGCUAUGCUGAUGCCCUGUGGUGGGGUGUGGUGACUGUGACCACAAUAGGCUAUGGAGACAAGAUUCCUCAAACGUGGAUCGGCAAGGCCAUCGCCUCCUGUUUCAGCGUCUUUGCUAUCUCCUUCUUUGCUCUGCCGGCUGGUAUCCUGGGAUCAGGGUUCGCCCUGAAGGUCCAGCAGAAGCAGAGACAAAAGCACUUCAAUAGACAAAUCCCUGCCGCAGCCUCUCUCAUCCAGACGCUUUGGCGGUGCUAUGCAGCGGAGAAACCCAAGGGCUGUGCGGCGACGUGGAAAAUGUACUUCCUGACACCCGUCGCCACGGUGGAAUCGGACAACUCCAGCCCCACCAUCAGGAAGUUGAACUUAUCGAAAAAGGGCCCCAAGAGGAGGCUGAAGUCUAUGCGAGGUAAUGGCUCCAUCGGCUUGUCGUCGGAGAGGGCCGUGUCCAUCCCUCAAAUCACCUACGAUCAUAUUAACGACUCCGUGGAGAAGAAUGACGUCUCCUUCUUCAUGGAAGAGCCGAGUGGCACCGUGGAAGGAAUAACCAGGAUGUUCCAGCAAACAGGGCCCUGUCAUCAUUCUUGGUCGUCUUUCACUCUGAGCUGCCCUUCCUCUCCAGUGAAGAGGAGGCACGGCGACAGCAUGUCCAUCGCCAUCACCCGUGCUAGCAGCCUUACUGACGAACUGGACUGCAUGUGUGAGGAUAUUCCUCUCACUGUGGUGAUGGACAACACUCAGUUGUCUCACGCCCAGAGGUCUGCAGUGAAAGUCUUGCGUCGCAUGCAGUACUUUGUUGCCCGCAAAAAGUUUCAGCAAGCCCGUAAGCCCUACGAUGUGCGAGAUGUGAUCGAGCAGUACUCGCAAGGCCAUCUCAACAUGAUGGUGCGCAUCAAGGAGCUGCAGAGAAGGCUGGACGGCACACUGGGAAAGCCCGGAAUGUUCCUGCCAGGUAAAGGGGAAGAUAAAGAAUUCCCGACAAUCGGAGCGCGACUGAUCCGGCUGGAAGAUAAGGUAAAGUCUACCAGAUGGACCAGAAAAUUGACUCGGUUCUCCAGAUCCUCACUGAGCAGUUCCCGCCCAAGCCCGAGCUGGCGUCCAGGCCCUCCAUCCGCGGGGUGACCAUCCAGAAGCUUAUGGGUGAUAGCAUCGACGAGGGGCCCUAAAGGGGCCUCUUUAUGAGUUUUGUCAUUGACUUAUGAACACUUCAGAACCUGAAACACAAAAAGGAGAUAUCAAGGGCAGGAAUCACGGUGUGGAGAGAAAGACAAACUACCGCAAACCCCUUUUGGGCUCUUAUCUUACCAUCUAAAUCCCGUUACAUUCCGUGGCACCUUCCAAAGCCGUGACCCCCUCUGCCAUUUAUUUUCAUGAAGGGAAUUUAUGUGUGCCCGCUCUUCUCUUCCUGAUAUUAUUCCGAAGCUAACGAGCAAGCAAUCAAAGCACUGACAUUCCACAAAUGGGAGUCCAUGCUGCGGCGCAGGCAUUCCACAAAUCAUUGUAUUUAUCUUGGCACCGUCCCGUACACACACACACACACGCACACACCCACACAGCCAUCUAGAUUUAGACUGUGUUUGUUAGACUUGAUCGACUAACAGGGAGGAGGAUUUCGUUCAGCCCACGCUAUCGUGUCCUGUUUGGAAAUAUUACUUGCGCUGAAGCAAAUUAACAAAAAAAAAAAAAAAAAAAAAAAAUGGCCGCAGUAUAGACGGACCUCUUGGCAGAGGUCUGUUUGCUUGGGGACUGUCCAAAUGUCCAUCAAUCAUCUUCAAGCAGCACCAUUGGGAAUCUUUUUUACAUCCUCCAGGAAACCGCUUUAAAAGGCUUUUUGAAGUUUCACUGAAACUUGAAUAACUUUGGUCCAAAAAGGGAACAAGAAUUCAGUAUACAAACAAAAACAGGGUGCGACGACUUACACAAAAGGCCAUUUGUGCCGCAAUGUGCUAUCAUAUAAAUAAAGGGGUGUUAAAACUGCUUGCAAGAUUUGAAAGGAUCCUCACGCUAACGUUUAAAUGUAAUUCUCCAACGUGGCCAUUCAUUAUGGCAUGCGGUUAUGAAAGUGUGAUGUUGUGAUAAAUAGUCACAGAGAACACUAUCCAGCUUCAAGAAAAUAGCAGCACUAGCAAUGCCAAGCUAGCGUUAGCACUGUCAACAAGCCGGCGUUAGCCACGGCUGCUACAUUGGUAGCAUGACUUACUCGUAAUGGAUUGUUAUGAUAACGCUAAAUGUUUGAAGGUUUUUUGGGGAAUGUACUGUCAAUUAAAAAUUUAAAAAGAGGUGACAUUUACCUGUCGAGGAGAUAAGUUGCUAAUUCCACGUUGCUUCUGAGUCCUCUGCUGCCUGAGGUCUCUCCGUUCUGCUUCUGUUUGCUAGUCUCACUCCUCUUUUUUUGGGUAAACAAGAGCGUGGCACUGAAAAAAAAUUGAAUUGGGAGGUGAAUAUUCACGGACAUGUGACUCUCUCUCUCUCUCUCUCUCUCUCUCUCUCUCUCUCUCUCUCUCUCUCGCUCUCGCUCUCUCUCUCUGUUAUUAAGUGAUAACCGCCACCUAGCACGAUAGAAAAAAGACAGAACGACUAAAACUAAUCUAGUCAACCAGCAGGGGACAGAAGAGGAAGAGGAAAUCUCAGCCAAGUUCGAGCGGCCUAGUGUGCGUACCCCCCUGAUGCUUGGCAUCAGCUGAUCUUAGUCCAUGUUUUCAAAGUUUUUGUGUGUUUUCUUUGGCUUUUUCUUUGUGUGUCGGGCUAAAAAUACAGUACUCAUCAAAAGUAAUGUUCACUUCAUUGUUUUUUUUUGCGUUACUAUUCACAACUCUUAAUUGUCGAACUUAUUUUGACGGUCUGCUAAAGUGUUACUUAAUGUAUUACCUGUACAGUAUUUAAAAGUUUCAUGAACGUCCUCUCAGAUUCGGUUUGGUUUGGGAGGGUCCGCCAUGCUGCAACUGUAGCUCGGCCUCAUUUAUUUAUAACCCACACAACAGAGGUGGGCAAUACAUUUCUUUUUCUGCGCUAGCACAUCUUUUCACCAUGUUGCUGUGGUUAAAUGAACAAUUAGUAUAAAUAACAGUAAACCCCAGUUAAUCUGGCAAAGGGACCAAAAGAAAAAAAACAAGUCAUUGGGUAAAUGUGUAUAUUACCUUUAUUAAAAGUACAAAUCCUAAACAUACCGCAUACUAUGAUCAUUUCAAACUCCUUUUACAUUACCCUUGAAAACAAAUGGCUAAUGGAUCAUUUUCUUUUGCUUUUAAAUAGUUCCUUAGCGGAGCAAAAACAACCGAUCGAGGCAAGCGUCAAAGUCUCUUAUAAUUUCUGAUACCAACCCAGGCUAAACUUGCCUCCUCAAUUGCAUGCAAAUAUAUGAUCCCACAACACUUUAAUAUCAUUUCAAACUCAUCUUUUGAAAUUACUCUUCAAAAUAAUGUGUACAUGCAUACGCUGCGAAGACUCUCCAUAAAUUCUACUAACAAAAAAAAAAAUUUAAAAAUUAAUUAACAAAAAAAAUAAAUUUGGGUCCUCCCUGACAUACAAAGCUUGUCUGUCAGUUGAGAUCUAUCACUCCAACGUACUUCCUUGACACCAAUUACUACUUACCUAAUACUCAGGGCUUUGGCGCCAUUUUGUGGCAUCUUGGGGUGUUAGUGAACGAACAAAAAACGUAAAUUGUUGAAUCUUUCAGAGAAUAGCUCACAAUAGGUUCCACAUUUUAAAAAAAAAAUGGUUGUGUGAAUUUGUGAAUAGCAAACCGCGAAUAGGUGGGCGUUUACUAUGUUAUUAUAUUUAUCUCCUUGCUUGUUUUAAAAAAUGCGUAAAAAAAAUUCAAUAAAAAUAAUCUGACCCUCUUGUCCACUUUCCUGUACAACUUUGUAAGACAUGUAAAUAGAAACAUUGCCUUAUUACACUGUAUUUAUUAUCAUGUGGAAACAUCAGUGCUGGAACUGGAGUCUGCCUGCUUCUUGCGAACGAUGAAAAACACGAGAGCGAGGCUCCAGUGCCGCAGAUGGAUGGAAAUGAUUGUAAAUGAUACUCACGCACACCCUCUGCACUGUAAAUAAUAAAAAGGAAAGGGGAAAAAACGGUCCAUUUCAUUACACGCUGGCCUGCUCUCUUAGCGUCGGGGGGGAUCUCCUCAUCCUCUCCUUAAUUUGCUUCCAUGCGGGAGGUGAAACUUGGCGUGGUUUUCAUUUGAAUCGAAUCAAGCCCAACGUUGUGCUAAAUUUCCUGUCGCACAGCAAUCCCAACAAAAGGGGAAAAAGAACACUUCCCCUGAGCCUACUUGGAACUUCCAAUAUUCCAUAACCCCCACCCCCCUCCCUUCAUUUUUUUGUCUCAUAUUACCAGUCCGACUCCAUUAUAAAUGCCUUCAAAGGCCAAAGACAACUGGGGAUGUCCCAAGAUCAGCAUGGAGGCGUGGCGAGGGGAAGGACGGAGGGUCAUCCCUGGAGAUCGUGGAGGAAGAGGUGAGGCGGGAGCAAGACACGAUAC